UAAUACUAAGUUUCACUAACUCAGACUGUAGGUUCUUUUCAAGUGAGAGCCACUUCAUGCAGGAGAGCUGCAUAAAUCAUCAGAUGGCUGGAUUUUCCCUUUAUUGUCUCAGAAACUGUUUUCUGGUUUUCCCUCUUCUUGUACAUUUUUGUCAGUCUCGGUUAAUUGGGCCAACUCAGCCAAUUAUUGCAACAGCUGGAAAAGACAUCACUUUGCCAUGUCACCUGGUACCUGGAGAAAAUGUUGCUGCAAUGACUUUGGAGUGGACAAGACCUGAGCUGGACCCCAGAUUUGUGUUUCUGUGGCGUGCAGGUCAGGACCUCAUAAAUAUGAAAAAUCCGUCCUACAUAGGUCGAUCAUCAUUGUUCACUGAUGAGCUGAAACAUGGAAACACUUCACUGAAACUGUGCAAAGUAAAACCUGCAGAUGAAGGCAGAUACAGAUGUUACAUCCCAGACAAGGAUGAAGAAGCUUUUAUUCAUCUUGUGGUCGCAUCAGGUGCUGUCUCCUCACCUGUCAUCAGCUUAGCAAACCUUGAUAAAGCCAUCAGUGGAGUGGUGUUACAGUGUGAGUCUCCAGGCUGGUAUCCAGAGCCUGAGCUGCUGUGGUUGGACGGUGAGGGAAACCUCCUCUCUGCUGGACCUACAGAGACCCUCAGAGGUCCUGAUGACCUCUAUACUGUCAGCAGCAGAGUGACUGUGGAGAAGAGACACAGCAACAACAUCACCUGCAGAGUCCAACAGAGGAACACCAACCAGAGCAGAGAGACACACAUACAUGUUCCAGAUGAAUACUUCAAGCUCACAUCCAGUUCUGCUGCUCCCAUCAUCAUUGGUGUUGUUGUUAGUUUGGCUGUAAUCAUCUUGAUUUUAAUUGGAGUUUUUUUCAUCUGGAGACGAAACAAAACAAAUGUCAGGAAACCUCACUGCUUACAAAAAAAACAAGAAACAACAAAAACUGAAACGGACCAAGAGCAGGAGACACUCAUGACGCAGGACAACGUGCCAGAGGAAAACCAGGAAGCUGACAAGAAGUUUAAGAAGGAUGAUAAAAAACAGGAUUUCCAGGAGGCGAAACAACCAGAUGUCACAGAAGUGGUGAACCACCAGAACACCCUAGAGCUUGACACCCCCAGAAGGACAAACACAAACACAUUCGUGGCCACGACUCAAACGAGAGCAGAGGAGCGCCCUGGAGGGGGACACCCAGCAGGCACAGAGCAGAAGCCCCAGGCGUCUGUGGGGAUGAGCUCACAGGCUCAGCCAGCAGCCGACUGCACCAGAGCAGACCGACCUCUGAGCCCAGAGACUCAAGACCCAAGGGCCCCCCACACCCCAACAGGGGCCCGACCAAGCAGCUGCCAGGAAAAACAGGAAGCUGACAAGAAGAUGAAGGAUGAUGAAACACAAGAUUUCCAGCCGGAGGUGAAACAACCAUCUAUCAAAGAACGUACGAAACAGUUUGAGGAAAACCAACAGAGUCCUCCAGACGAUGACACCCCCAGGAAGACCACCACAGGCAAAAUCAAGACCCCAACUCAGAUGAGAGCAAAGGACAGCCCUGGAGGGGGAAAUCCACCAGACACAGAGCAGAAGCCCCACAGGUCUGUGGCGAUGAGCUCACAGGCUCAGCCGGCAGACGGCUGCACCAGAGCAGACCGACGUCUGAGCCCAGAGACCCAAGACCCAAGGGCCCACCACACCCCAACAGGGGCCCGACAGAGCCAGGGAGUCCAGGCCCGACCAAGCAGCUGCCAGGUACAUUUGGAGAAAAACCAACAUGCAGCUGAGGAGAAGCUGAAGGAGGAGCAUCAUCAAAUGGAGAAGAAACAUGCAGAGAUCAGCAACAUGAAGAAAGAACCAGAGACGAGCAAACUCAAAACACAAAGAAAAUCUCAGAGAAAUUUCCAGGAACAGAAUAAGAGCAGCUCAGCCAAUCACAGCUCAGCGAGAGGUGACAUCAUCUUGGACAAAGUCGACAAACUCGGCAUGUACAUCUGUCUGAAAAACACUUCCAGUGAGAAUAAAUUGAUGGGAGAUUGGGAGGUAAAACUACAGGUCAACGAAACACAACCAGUCACAUACAAAGUUGAAACAAACUUUACACUGAAAGCUGGAGAGCGACUCACUUUACACCGAAAAGGUGCUAUGAAACCGUAUCCUGACGAUGCUGAGAUGAUGUGGAUGGGAAUGACAGACUGGGAGUUUGGAGAUGACCUGAAGAUCAGCCUCAUCAGCAACACUGGAGAAGAGCACAGACUAAAGUGAUGCUUUUUACAAACAGGGCUACAUCAUGUGAAUUCACCAGAGCGACUUGUUUGUUUGUUUUUGACAAACAAACAAG